AUGACGUCCAUACCCGAAUCAGCAUACAUAUCGCACUACAGCAAUGCAUGGGAAUCAAAUCGACUGGUAGCCAAGGACGGAUGGAUCCUCGAUCCACAGAACAGAGUCGUCAUCCUUCAUGGAGUCAACAUGUCAGGUGCCACCAAGGUGCCUUUCUACAAGGCUGCUGCUUCAGAGACUGCAGAGGCCGUAGCAGAAGCCAAUAUCCGAUCUACUGCGAUGAACCUUGCGCCCGGGUCGCCGGUCUACUACGGGGCCACUCCUACAGCUGCACCCUUAUCGCCACCAUCUACGGAGGAAUCUUCAAUAGGAGGAAGACAACACGCGGCGUCAGAGUCGAGUUCUUCGACAUCAACGACGGACAGUGAGAGGAUAAGGAAUAAGGGCGAGAUACCGGGGGUGAUGUACUCGUACAAGGACAAGCACUUUUUUGAACACCGGAGUGUCUCAUUUGUCAAUCGGCCGUUCCCGUUGGUCGAGGCGGAGAUGCAUUUUGAGAGACUUGCGCGGUGGGGGUGUCAGGUCCUUCGUGUCUUGGUACCCUGGGAGGCACUCGAGCAUUCUGGACCAGGCAUCUAUGACGAAGAGUACAUUGACUACCUCAUCCAGCUACUCAAGAUCGCCGGCAAGUUUGGACUCAAGUGCUUUCUUGACCCCCAUGUCGACUGCUGGAGUCGAUUCACAGGUGGUUCUGGAAUGCCUGGAUGGACAAUUGAGCUCGCAGGGAUGGACGUCACUAAACUUGAGUCCACAGGAUCUGCCAUCACCCAGAAUACGUACAAGGACAAGCCGAAUUACCCGAGGAUGAUUUGGGCGACCAACAACAGCAAGGUCGCAUCAGCAACCAUGUAUACCCUCUUCUUUGCCGGCCAGAUCUUUGCCCCCCAGGCCAUGGUUCCUCUCUCUCAGACUGUCCUUGACCAUUUCCGAAAAGUCCACUCCACUGUCGUCUCGGAUGAGGCCUUCCGCAGGGGCAUGGUCGGUGGUGUCAAAGCCCCCUCGCCUAUUCAGAACCUUGUCGAGAUCCCAAGGGUCGAUGCGGAGUUUGUUCAGCGCGGGCAGGUUAAUAUCCAGCAUUUCUUGCAGGCUCAUUUCAUGGAGGCUUUUGCUCACCUUGCGGACCGGAUACAGAAGGACGAUGCAAGGGUUCUGAGGAGUGGAGGAAGGGGUGGGGAGGUUGCGUUGAUGGCUUCGGGGACUGUGAUGGGAUUUGAUUCCUUGAAUGAGCCGGCGCCGGGGUAUCUUAACCAUCCGGAUUUGAACAAGUUGCUUGAGUUGGAGGAUCUGCAGAUUGGGACUUGUCCUACGCCAAUUCAAGGGAUGCAGUUGGCGCAGGGAAAGACGGUCGAGUGUCAGGUCUGGGCGACAGGUGCUUUGGGACCGGGCAAGAAGGGGAAAGUCAAGGUUAAUACUGAGAACGUCAACCUCUGGAAACGACCCUACUGGAAAUCGAACAAGAAUAAUAAGCGACAUAACCAUGACCCUGACGCGAUUGGCGAGCACAGGAUUCAUGCACCGUCAGCGCCACCUAUGACUCUUUCUCAUGGAAACGGAGGGUAUCACCCCAUGGCGUCCCCCUUCCAUAUCGUCUCUCAGCUCGAUAUUUCGGCCGCGCAAUCUGCACUUACGUCCUUCCUUGGCGGUCGUGGAUCCAAGCAGCCAGGCGAAACAACGGCGACCAGCGAAGUCACAGAGGCACACAUCUCCAAGACCAACUGGCCUGAACCCGCAGGCUACAGCAACCUCUGCAUCUGGGCCGAUCACAAGGUCUGGGACCCCGAGACAGGCAAACUACUCCAACCCAACUACUUCCAACGGAUACCGACCAGGGGAUACAUACCGCCAGGGUUCCAACCAGGCAAGGAGGUCGAGUGGAAACAGGACUUCUGGCUUCCCUUUGUCAACACCUUUUCGCUCCGUCUUCGACAGCAGGAUCCGAGGUUGACCAUCUUUGUGGAGCCGCCCAUUAACGAAGCGCCGCCUAUGUUCCGGUUGCAGAAGAUGCUGAUUGGUGGAGCCACGGAUCAGUUGGUGAAUAUGUUUCGGUCCCUGGUGAGGUGGAAGCCUCCAAGGUCGUUCCAUAAUCAACAUACUACCGCUGCUGUCAGUCGACAUGUUGUGCCUCCUGCGCCUACCAGCGGGACUACAAGGAGUAACAACAGCAGCAGCAGCGGUGAUCCGGAUCUGGAAAAGGGCAAGAUGGCGUCGCAGACUGUCGAGGACGAUCUGUACGAGAAUGCAUGCCAGCAUCCCAUUUUCAACCCUGUCGGCGAUGUCAGUGACAACAUCGUCGUCGCACCUCACUUUUACGACGGCUACUCCAAUGUCACCCGCGACUUUGUCCCUUUCACUCUGGAUUUCCUCGGCUACAAGCGUGGUAUCUAUUGGUCGGUCCUCGGAGCUCUGAAACUAGGCUGGUCAGGUGUAGGAGGCGCAUGGAAGGACCAAGUCCAGGGGAUCCAGUCCGACAUCCGCUUCGCAAUGGGUUCUCAACACGGCAUCCUCAUGGGCGAAACCGGUCUACCAAUGGACAUGCACGACAAAGCCAGUUUCAAGCACCGGUACGGGUCACCCAAACAGCAAUUCGCCCUCCAGAUGCUCCUUGACGCCAUGGAUGCCAACAUGCUGAGUUUCACGCUGUGGAACUAUUGUGACGACAACUCGAAUGAGUGGGGUGAUCGAUGGAAUGGGGAGGAUUUCAGUGUCUGGUCGCCUGAGAAGAAUGGCUUUAUGCAGCCUGAUUUCCCGGGUAGUACGGAGGUUAUCCUGGGAAGGAUGGAGGAGAUGCAGCGGCCUCCGCCUCUUGCUGGUACAAGACCUACUGUGACCUUGACAGAGUUGGGGGCCGAUGUUGGGUCUGGGAAGGAGACUGCAGGGUGCAGUGAGGGGUUGAUCUGGUGGUGCUGUCGACCCAAGAAUCAUAUCUGGACAGAGCGUACGGCACCCAAGCGACUGGUCGUCAUCUCUGUGGAACCUUCUCCUACGUCUGAGAUGGCCUCAAACCCUCAUGGCCUCUCGUCGUCGACAAGACUUGUUGAAACCACCAAACCAGCACCGUCUCCUCCCCUUGCAAGACUCAAGUCAUGGCAGGACCUCUUGCCGCUCUCUUUGCAGAUUGAGCGUGGUCGACAGGAAUUCUACAGCGGUCUCCGGGUUGGCGAGUCGUUUGUAAGAGCCUACCCCCUGGCUGUCUGGGGCGAACCUCUCCACUACCGCUUCGAGCCUGGGCGUCCCGUGUCGGAUGCGCAGUUAUUGACGAAGGAUCAUGAUCUGGCCAAGAAAAAGACGAACGAUGUUGGUAGCUGGGAGAACCGCUUUGACCUAUUCUUUACCCUCGCAUGUGACCGUCGAUCUCAUCGGGAUGUCGACAGCCAGACCUGCAGUGGGAAAAGUAAUGAGGACACCAUUACUCGCACCGAUGAUAACUCCUUGUCAGCACCAUCGACAGAUAUCUUCUUGCCCAGAUUCCAUUUCGCCCUCGAUUCGCCUCUCAACACCGACACCUUCGAAUCCCUCCAAAUCGUCCACCAAAUAAUUCAGGACCCGAUAUCAUCACUUUCGCAGUCACAACUCUCCACGCGACCUAUGAAACGCGAAAAGGGCCGCUGGCACCGGAUGGACAUCCAAACCUCCGACGGCCACAUCUCCAUCCAACCCACCCACCAACGGGCUCAAUUCUGGACCUCCCCCCAACCCAAAUUCAACCCGCAUGACAACCUCUCCAACACGACCGCAUUCUUUGACGCCGCCGAGGCUCGCAUCCGGGCCUUGUUCGCUAUAGGAUGGGAUGGGGUUGAAGGGAUUAGCACCAAGGCGGAACAGGAGUGGGUGCAGAGACUGUGGAGCGAGAUGCAGAGGGGUGAUGCGGCCGCCGAGGCGUCCCUCCCUCGACCCACUGGGUACACUCCUAUCUGGCUUUCCGACGAUGUCGUCUCGUACGACGAGUCUCCCUUCAUCCAGUCCCCUCUUAUGCAAGACCAAUUGGCCGCCGUGCAUGUUCAACUGGAAGCCCUGGCCAUUGAUGCUGCUCAAGAACAAGAUGCUGAAGUGGACCAUGCUGUCGAGACCUAG